AUGGGAAAACGCAAGCGCAGCACCCUAGCCCACGUCCCGGCCAACUCCUCUUCCUCCAAAACCGAACAUGAUCGAAUCCAACUCCUUCAAUCCAAACAACACAUCAACUCUCUCUCUGGCGGCAAAAUCAUCAUCCCUCAAAAACGAUGGUAUCGACAACGAGCCCAUGCCAACCCUUUUUCCGAUCAUUCACUCGAAUAUCCCCCCCAGCCAUCCGAGAUGAAUUGGGGAACCAUUUUCCCCAAGUAUUACGAUAGCAAAACUGGCAAGAAAAAGGAAGAAGAGUGUCGGGGAGUUGAAUUUGCUGACGUAGGAUGUGGAUUUGGAGGCCUAUUGAUGCAGUUAGCACCGCUGUAUCCUAAUACUUUGAUGUUGGGGUUGGAGAUUAGAGUGCAUGUUACACAGUAUGUGCAUGAUAAAAUCGUUGCUUUGCGGCUGGCUGCGCAACAGGGCCGUCUCGAACAAGCACAACCAUCCUCAUCCACCCCGGAACCUUGCACCCCUACCUCAGCAGAAGCAAACGCUGACGAGGAAGACCUGGACGAAGCAACGACAAACGCCCAACUCGUUUCCUCAGCCCACCUCGCCCCCGGCUCGUACCACAACGUAGGAGUGCUACGAGCAAACGGAAUGAAAUUCCUCCCCAACUUCUUCUACAAACACCAACUUUCAAAACUCUUCUUUUUAUUCCCAGACCCGCACUUCAAAUCUCGAAAACACAAAGCGAGAAUCAUCUCCCCAACCCUGCUCGCCGAAUACGCUUACGUCCUAAGACCCGGUGGAAUAGUUUACAUUAUCACCGAUGUCAAGGAACUCUACGAUUGGAUGGAUAAACAUCUAGGCUCCCACCCACUCUUCCAAAGGUUACCCAAAGGAGAGGCGAGCUUGAAGGAUGAUCCCUGUGUAUCGGCGGUCUAUACAGCGACUGAGGAGGGGAAAAAGGUUGAGAGGAAUCGGGGGGAUAAGUGGUUUAGUGCUUUUGAACGCUUGCACGAUCCAGAAGACCAUGAUGAGUAG